AUGGAUGAAUCACCGAGUAUAUAUUUCAGAGGAAACUGUAUUUCGACGACUUGUACAGGAUUAAGAGGACCUAAUUAUGACAGAAAAUGCUAUGGAGCUCCACCAAAUGUUGGAUACGUGAACGAAACAUCAAUCAUGCCACGGCCAAUAUCCCAAGGGGCUGUAACCAUACCAAAUAGUCAAAUUGCAAUUCGAACAUGUAUUCUAUAUGAGCACCUUCACGGGAAGACGGUUACAGAGGCAUAUGAGAAUUUUUGCCGCAAAGUUGGGAAUGGUGUCAUUGAUUUUAGAUCCUUUGGAUUUUGGUUUGAUAGAUUCCGAACAGGAAAUCAUGAUUUGGGCUAUGACAUUGACUCGGAACUUGAGCCUCGGUCUUUGGCAGAAAUGCACAAGGACAUUAUGAGAAACAUUUUAAGAGAGCUCAACUCCGAACCCACAAAUUCUCCUGGACCUUCUGACCACCUUCAAGAUGAGGAUGAGUACUUUCCCGUCUACAAUCAGCUAAAGGACCUUAUCCAAGAACUGAAAGAAGAACAAGACCCCGUGAAACCCGUUACAGACCUCGUAAAACCAUUUGAAAACAAUAGGAAAGUACUGUGGGGUUAUAUAUAUUUUGAAUGCUCUCAGAGUAAUUCAAUUUUUGAGGCUUAUGAGAAAAUGUGUGAAACUGUUGGAAAAAAUGCAGUCAAGUACUGGGAGUUUGAAUAUUGGUAUCAGAAGAUUAAGGCAGGGGAUUCCAGUAUGGAAUCUGACAUUGAUUUUGACAAAGAGAUCCGAUCACUGUCCGCAAUGCCAAUAGACAUAGUUGGUGAGAUAAUGAACAAAUUGAAAUUAGAAGAAAAACUAUUGAUGCGAAAAGUUUCGAAGAGUCUUCGUGGCUUCAUGGAUAAGCUAAACAUUGGUGUUGAAAAGAUUAGUCUCAAAAUCUACAAUACAACUUCAGUUUUGCAAUUCGAUGAGAAGGAAGUUAUCUAUCAGAACAGGAAGGACAACUGUAAAGUGUUAUAUGAUAAUCAAGAAAAGCUUGUGAAAGGUGGAAAGUAUGCAAUAAUGGCUUUGCAUGAUUGGUCCAUGGUUAUGAAAAAUCAGAAGCUUAAGCUGAAAGAGUUACAGUUUACUCUUGAUGUAGAUUUGGGCGAUCAUCAGAAACUCUAUAAAACUAUCAAGACUGUUUUAGAAAAUUCAAGCUAUUUGAAUGUAGAGAAGAUCACACUUGAAGGAUUUUCAGUCAGGGAAAUUAUAAAAAUACUUCAACAUUGUAAAUCAAGAACACUCGAAGAGAUUGUGCUGGGCUCACUAACUGAUAACAACUAUAUUGAGAAGUUGGUUGAUAUGAAACAAUGGAAAGAGGCAAGGGUUUUCGAAAGUAGCCGGAACUGUAUAAUGGCAUUGCCAAUUGUGCAUUUGUUACACUUUUCAAAAUUUGAUGUUUCCAUGCCUGUAUCAGAGUUUGGUGCGAUGUUGAUCCGAAAUCAACUGCUGAAGUCCAGUAAUUUUGAACGUGGAUGCUUCAGAAUGUUGAACUAUGAUCCUAUGAAAAUUUUGAACGUAUUUGAGCAAAAUUAUUCAGGAGGAACGUCUGGAUCAAUCACCUACAAUGAUGAAGAGUCGGAGUUCAGAAUUCAUUUUGAUACAAUGAACUUUGAAAUUAUUAAGUGUAUUUGAAUAAAAAUUU